AUGGGAAAACCUCCUUCCUUUGUUUUCCUUAUCUCCUCAUUCCAUUGCUUCGUAUCCUCCUUAGCUUUGAUUGAUACAGACAUCACUACUGAUAAAUCUGCCCUUCUUGGCCUUAAAUCUUUUAUCACUUCAGAUCCAUAUGAUUACUUAUCUACUUGGUCUAUCUCUUCUUCUUCAUGCAAUUGGGUUGGUGUCACCUGCAAUACUCGCCAUGGAAGGGUCCAUUCCUUAAAUCUUGGCGGCAUGGAUCUUAAAGGCACCAUAUAUCCACAAUUGGGAAAUCUCUCAUUUCCAGUUGAACUUGAUCUUAGUAGAAACAAUUUUUAUGGUCAAAUACCAAGAGAGUUAGUUCAAUUGCAUAGAUUGAAACUAUUGAACUUGAGCUACAAUGACUUUCAAGGACAAGUUCCAACAAGGAUGGGAGAUUUAUCUAUGCUGGAGCACUUAAAUAUUCAAAAUAACAGUUUUGAAGGAUUUAUUCCACUAUCUCUAUUCAAUCUAUCAAGGUUGAAGACAUUAGAUUGGAAUUCUAAUUUAAUUGAAGGAAGCAUUCUUGUUGAGGUAGGAAGACUUGACCACUUGAAAGUUUUACAACUUUCGAGAAACAAGCUUUCAGGAAUUAUUUCUCAAGCAAUUUCCAACUUAUCUGCACUUGAGUUAUUACAUUGA